CCUCUGAGAAAUUUCGGCUCACAAGAUCUUCAGACAAGUGGAAUACGGAGUUCUUUCAUAUUAGAUACCAGGAAGUCCCCCAUAAAGGAAGCUAAAAAGAAAGAGCUGCGUCAAACAGAAUUGAAAGAAUUGCUAAAAGAUCAUCCGCCCUCUGUACAACUCCAACUGGUUGAAGCUUACAGAAAGGGAUUCCAGUCAUCUACUGAAAGUGACAAAAAGUCGAGAAUGUUCGAAACUCUGACAAACAACUUUGGAAAAAUUCUUUUGUUUCUUAUCACUCAACAUUAUCUAGGUGCAUUUCCUAAAAUGCUGGAUCCAAGUGUUGCAUCUUUUGCGGAGAAUGCGGAUGUUACUUUUGGCGACGUGCAAGGGUGUGAUGAGGUUAAAAAGGAACUUCAAGAUGUUGUUGAAUUCUUGAGGAAUCCCGAAAAGUUUAAUCGAAUUGGUGCAAAGUUGCCCAAAGGAGUUCUCCUGGUCGGACCUCCAGGUGUGGGGAAAACGCUUCUAGCGAAGGCCGUUUCGGGUGAAGCGCAGGUACCUUUUCUUUACGUUUCGGGUAGCAGCUUUGAAGAAGUGUUCGUUGGCAUGGGCGCUUCACGAGUGCGUCAGCUUUUCAGCGCUGCCAAACAACAUGCACCGUGCCUGAUUUUCAUUGAUGAAAUCGACUCCGUGGGUCGUAAUAGAACGUCUUCUCCGCAUCAUCCAUACGCGAACCAAACAAUCAAUCAGUUGUUGGCCGAAAUGGACGGUUUCCAGUCAACUGAGGGCAUCAUAGUUCUCGGUGCUACCAACCAAGCCGAAGAUUUAGACAAAGCGUUACUUCGGCCGGGUCGUUUCGAUGUUCAAAUUCACGUAUCUCCACCUACAUAUGAGGUUAGUUUUGAAUUGAAAUUGGUAUUUUCAGAGUAUCAAAAACUGGCACAUGGCACUGUGGGCUACACUGGAGCUGAUAUUCAAAAUCUGGUGAAUCAGGCGGCCAUUACCGCCGGUUUGCGUAACGAUUCAGUGGUGGGAAUGCAUCAUCUUUGGGAAGCUCGAGACAAAUUGCUGAUGGGACCUCCCUUGGAUGAACAAACUAAUCGCGUGUCAGCUUACCAUGAAGCCGGGCAUGCACUGAUGGCCUUGCUGACUCCAGAAAGUACACCUUUGCACAAAGUCACUAUCAUUCCUCGUGGCGAUGCUGGAGGUCAUACAAGUUUCUUACAAGACAAAGACUUGAGUUUCUACACGCGUGCCCAACUCCUGGCGCAGUUGGAUGUGCUCAUGGCCGGUCGUGUUGGUGAGGAAUUGGCUUUCGGCACGGAUCGGGUCACAACGGGAGCUGGAGAUGAUUUCCGUAAAGCCACAGCGCUCGCACAGAGCAUGGUGGUACGUUUCGGUUUGUCCUCCAAACUGGGUCCACGUGUGGUGACUGACCUUCAAAACAACCAUCUCAGUCAAAGCACUCGUGAUAUGAUCGAUAAGGAAGUGGACCAACUGCUCAAUGAGUCUCUGGCGCGAACCCGUAGCGUUUUAACAAACCACUCAAAACAGCACAAAACCCUGGCUGAAGCUCUGUUACACUUUGAAACGCUCACCAAGGAUGAAGUGAACGCUGUAUUGGCCGGGAAAAUGAAACCACCCAAAUUUCCCCCCUCACCUCCGUCCCCGACCCCCUCAGUCCCCACCUUGCCGACUGUAAACGGUUAA